CUGGAACUCUCAUUCGUACACUACCAAAGUCAAUUUGUAGCCUUCACAAUUUGCAGACUUCAAACCUAAAUUCCUGUUAUGAGCUUCAGAGGCUGCCCAAGAACAUGAAAUCCCUAAGAAGUCUCCGACAUCUUUAUUUGAAACAUUGUCGCAAAAUACAAGACAUGCCUCCAAAGCUUGGGCAUUUAACUCUUCUGAGGACAUUAAGUUUAGUUGUCGUGGUUAAGAGUAGUGGUCAUCGGGUAGUUGAAUUGCAAUGCUUAGAUCUUGGAGGGGAACUGUAUAUCCGUCACCUUGAGAGAGUGAGAAACUCAAUGGAUGCCAAAGAAGCCAAUUUGGUCGGAAAACAGAACCUUCGAGUCUUGAGGUUAUCAUGGGGACAUGACAGUGAAUCAGAAUCACAAGCAAAUGUUGAACAACUACUUGAAUCCUUCGAACCUCACCCAAAUGUUGAAGAGUUGUUCAUAGACAAUUACAGAGGUGCCCACUUCCCACUUUGGAUGAGGGAUUCAAUUCUUAAAAACAUAGUUUCUAUUGUGCUACUUAGCGGCAGAAACUGUUUAGAACUUCUAGCCUUUGGACAGUUGCCUUCCCUGCGACGGCUUCUGAUUUCCGAAAUGGAUUAUGUGGAGUACAUUGACAAUUACUUCCCUAGCGGAAGCCCUGUUAGAGGAUUUCCGGCUUUGGAAGUGCUCCGUAUUUCUAAGUUGCCAAAUUUGGUAGGGUUGUCAAGGGAGGAAGGAAGAGAGAUACUCCCUUGUCUUCACCAGAUAUACAUCAGCAAUUGCCCAAAAUUGACCUUGUCGCGUCUUUCAUCACCAAAACUCUUGAAUGUCUGGAGUUCCAGCAACGUGGAACUAAGUUCAAUCUCAAAUCUUAAGAAUCUCACUACCCUUUCAGUUGAUGGCGGGGACAUGAUUUCUUUUCCAGAAGAGAUGUUGCAAAACCUAACUGUUCUUGAAUCUCUACAAAUUAGAAGCUUUAGCCAACUUAGAGUGCUACCUACAAACUUGGAAAGCCUCGUAUCUUUGAAGUCAUUGAGUAUCAUGCGUUGUCAUGAGAUUGAGUCUUUGCCAGAUCAUGGGCUACGAAGCCUAAAGUCUCUCCAACGUCUGACGAUUGACAACUGCAAUAAUUUGAGUGCUUUAUCUGAGAGUUUGGGACACCUCACUGCCUUGGAGGAAUUGCAAGUUCAUGGGUGUCCCAAGCUAGUGACUUUGCCAGACAGCAUUAAACAUCUUGUUUCUCUUCGACACCUAAAUAUUUGUGGUAGUCCUGGAUCCUGGUAUGCAGGUGAUCUUGUUAUUUGUGCAGAGUUGAAGACUUUGCCUGAGGCAUUGAAACAUGUCCCUGCACUUCAAUCUCUAUCUAUUUCUAGGUAUCCAGAGGUCACAUCACUGCCUGAAUGGUUGGGAAACCUUACGUCACUUCAAUCAUUGCGCAUUGGUUACUAUCCCAAGAUUCCAUCACUUCCACAUGGCUUUCAAAGGCUAACCAACCUCCAAACUUUGAGCAUUUAUGGAUACUGUCCUAAAUUGGUAAGGCGAUGUCAAAAGGAAAAGGGGGACGAUUGGUAUAAGAUAGCACAUAUUCCAGAAAUCAAUCUGGAUGAAAUUAACGAGAUUGAGCACAUUGAGUCCUCCAUGAUUCGGAGAUUCAGGUGCUGCUAGGCUUUCGGGUCACAAUGACAGUAGCAUGAUAGCUGCAAGUUUUGAAGUGGUUGUAGCAUUGGAUACAUUGCUGGCGAGGAAUAUAUUGGGCUGCUUAUUAUAGGUCUGAGGUUGGAUAACCGGCGGUGGUUUCAUUCAGCUGUUCUGUUCUCAGACUCCCUUUGUGUUAAUUUCUUCUCUGUGAAAUAAAGAUUAAAUGUAGGUCUUAUUGGGCUAUGUGUAAUAAUAUUAGUGUGUGAUGGACACUGGGUGCUCUAGCCUUCGGAGGUUAGAGGGUUAGAGCCUCCUAUCAUGCCCACUAUUUUUUUGAGCGAUGAUUUGAAGUUCAAUUUCUGUUAUAAUUUUAUAUUCUUUCACUAGUGUUAUGUAGUAUGUAUUUUGUGUUGAUUAUUGGAGUUUACUCUUGAAUUUUAA